AUGGUGCCGACGGAUCCCGCGCUGCUCGACGCGAAUACCGGCGACGAAGAAGUGCUAAUGAUUAGCAAAAUGUGCGAAAAGGCGAGCCUCACGAUGGACAACAAGGCACUUGUCCCCUUGCUCUCCUGGGAUCGGUGUUUGGGUAUGGCGAUUUGGUGUUGGUGUUUACGGGGGUCUGAGACCGACAAGGAGUUUAUAGAGAACGUGAAGCCAUUUGUUCUCGAUCCGUUGAAGGAUACGAAUGUUUUUCCAGUACGCAAUUCCAUACAGACUAUACUAUGCAGCGCCUCGACAAACAUCACGAACAUGCUGGCCAUACCACGGCACAAGGCCACGCUCGCCACGGCCUCCGACCACAAGGCUGCUCUAUUUUUCUCACUUUCUCUCUCCCUUUCCGUCGGCGCAAUUUUGCUGCGGCGGCGCCCACUCGGCAUCCAACUCGGCCAACAUCGAGUGGGGUCGCGCGGUGACCGACGAUUCCAAGGCUUUAUGCACGACAGAAGCCCAAUGUGGGCGGCCUGGGGUGGACUUGCCCCCGGCUCAGAGCGGUCACCGCGCCUCAACGAAGUAUUCAGUUGCAAGCAAAAAGCUCCGAGACAAGUCGCCGAGUACUAUCCUAGCAUCAUGGCGGACUCUAUUCAAUGGACUCGAGUGCUCCAGCUCGUCAACCUCCUGGGCGUCACUCAUCUUGCCGGCUACCAAUUUGGGACGGACAAAAUUGCCAUGUACAGCAUCCUAAAACUCAAUGACAAGGACACCAUAGUAAAGCUCUGGUUCCGGGGCUGGGACUUUGGCCGAGUGUACGGCCCCGCAAUGGUUGUCGGCACGGCCGCCGUUUUUGGCUUCCUGGCAUGGAACGACGGCAUCGCAAGUCCCGCAUUCCCAUUCAAUCUCGCCGCCGGACUCCUAAUGGGGGCCAAGUCUAAUUCGACCGCGGCAUAUGGCUAA